AUGAAUACUAGUCCAGCUGCCGGCGGCUGACGGCUGUCAAAACCCACACCGCCGUACAACCACCGUGACCACCACCCAUUUUUCUUUCUUUCUUUCUUUUUUUGUUUGGUGCACCCACCCAUCACCAAAUUUCUUAUUCUUUCGAAUUCAACUUCUCAACUACUUCCUUCUUCCAAAAAGUAUAAUUUAUAAAAAUAAAAAUAAAUGAACAAAUAGUACGCAAUAAAUUACUCCGUCAAACACCCCCAUCUUCCAGCUGAGGUGACCCCAUAAUAUACAAUUGCUAUGAUUAUCAAAUUUAUCAAAUAUCAAUAAACAAAACAAAAGAGAAAACGCAUAAACAGCUAUCAACCCUAUCAACAUACCACCAACAACUACGAUAAUAAUUUCUCAUACUCCCUUUCGAAUUCAGUUCAAAGAUUCCUUCAUUUCAUCGCAAAUCAGGUUUUUCAUCUCUAGUUUGCUGCAAUUACGUUCUUUUUAAUUUCAUUUUGCUGUUGAUUAUUCAUAAUUCAUGGCCGUUUCACCGGAACCUUUGCCGCCAAAAAAGAAACGUUCAUCGGAUUCAGAUGAAAGGCUUCUCCGAUCGUUAUUGCUUCGAUCGAGGGAAACUUCGUUACUGAAUCCGAUUCCGUUUGUUCUGUAUCGGAAUUCGAAUUCGAUAAUUCGGAAAACUAAGCUGUUGACUUUGAUGCUCGAGGAGUUGGUUGUUGAUCAUGUUGUACCGUGUUUUCCGGCGUCGGCGGUGUUGUGCUUUGAGGAGUUGUACAUCAUAUUGCAGAGCAUCAAGACGUUGAUUGAAGAUUGUUGUAACGGAAGCAAACUAUGGCUUUUGAUUGAGCAGCAAUCAGUCGCGAACAAAUUUCAUGAGUUUACUCUCGAGUUAUCGACGCUGGUUGAUAUAUUUCCUGUUAAAGCGAUGAAUCUAAGCCAAGACGUUGAAGAAUUAGUCAAUUUGAUCCGGAAACAGUGCUCCAAAACGGCGGUUUGGAUCGAUGAAAAAGAUAUCAAUCUCAGAAACGAUGUAUUGCAAAAAUUAGAUAGAAUUAAGAGCGAGAUUGUUCCUCAGAAGACAAAACUCAAGGAGAUCUUCACCAGGUUGCAAUUGAAUGAUUCCACGAGCUGCACAGAAGAAAUCGAGAUCUUGGAAGAAGAAGUUAGGAAUCAAAGUGAUGAAAAAUCAAAAGCUGAAAUCGUCUCGUUGAUCGGACUUGUUCGCUACGCAAAGUGCGUGUUGUAUGGCGAAUCAUCUCCAAGGAUAAUCAGAGACCGGAAAAAGUCAAACUCCACCGACUUAACAAUUCCGGCAGAUUUCCGGUGCCCGAUUUCCCUCGACCUGGUGCGAGACCCGGUGGUUGUAUCAACAGGACAAACAUACGAUCGAGCCUCUAUCAAUCUCUGGAUUGAAUCGGGACACACCACGUGUCCCAAAACCGGUCAAACUCUGGACCACACAGGGAUGAUACCCAAUCGUGCAUUGCGGAACUUGAUAACAAUGUGGUGUCGCGAACACCGGAUUCCGUUCGAAUCAACAGAAACCAACGAAAAAGUCACCGGAGAAUCCACAAACAAAACGCUAUUCGAAGCUACAAAAAUGACAGUGACGUUUUUGCUUGAAAAAGCCGGCGCUUCACAAUCAUUGGAAAUGGCGGAUCGCUUCGUUCAUGAGCUCCGGGCGUUAGCCAAAACGGAUUCCAACAGCCGCGCUUGCAUCGCCGACGCCGACGGCUUACAGCUACUUGUAAAAUUCUUAUCCUCCGAUCAUCCAACUCUUCAAAUUAACGCAGUUACAACGAUCCUAAACCUCUCAAUACUCGACGCAAACAAGACAAAGAUAAUGGAAACCGAAGGAGUUGUAAACGGAAUCGUGGAAGUAUUAAGAACAGGUGCGACUUGGGAAGCAAAAGGAAACGCCGCCGCUACAAUCUUCAGUCUAACAGGUGUUCCGGUGUACCGGAAAAAGCUCGGUCGUAAGAGCCGUGUGAUCAAGGGUUUGAUGGAGUUGGCCAGAACUGGGCCGAUUAGUUCGAAACGAGACGCGUUGGUGGCGAUUCUGAACUUGGCCGGAGACCGGGAAACUGUGGGGAAGUUGCUUGAGGUUGGGGUGGUGGAGAUGGCUAGUGAAGUAAUGGACGGGUUACCGGAGGAAGGUGUGACGGUGCUGGAGGCGGUGGUGAAGAAAGGAGGAUUAGCGGCGAUCACGGCGGCGUUUCAUGUGAUUAGGAAACUGGCGACGAUAUUGAGAGAUGGAACGGAGAGGGCACAAGAGAGUGCCGCCGCCACACUUGUGAAUGUUUGCCGGAAAGGUGGAUCGGAGAUUGUGUCGGAGCUGGCGGCGAUUCCUGGGAUUGAGAGGGUGAUUUGGGAGGUGAUGGGGAUGGGGACCGGAAGAGGGAGGAGAAAGGCGGCGACGCUGCUGAGGAUCCUUAGGAGAUGGGCUGCUGGGUUGUAUGGUAAUGCGACCGCCGCCUAUUCAACCACCGGUGCCAGUUCGACAACCACCACAAGGGUGGUGUUGCCGGGAUAGAUUAUUUCAAACAUUUUUUUUUUUUUUUUUUUUUUUUUUACAUUUGAUUCUUUUGGGGGAUUAUGUAAUUAAUUUGCUAGUUCCUUUUUCUGUUAAUCUUUGGUUCAAUUACACUUCAAAUGCAACAUUCUCAAUACAAAAUUGGUUCAACAAUUCAAUUCA